AUGAACUCGUUCGUCAACGACAUCUUCGAGCGCAUCGCGGGCGAGGCGUCGCGCCUGGCGCAUUACAACAAGCGCUCGACCAUCACGUCGCGGGAGAUCCAGACGGCCGUGCGCCUGCUGCUGCCCGGCGAGCUGGCCAAGCACGCCGUGUCCGAGGGCACCAAGGCCGUCACCAAGUACACCAGCUCCAAGUAAACUUGCCUUGCCAAGACAAAGAAUCAUCUUCAGAAAAAAGCAGCUGCACUUCUAAAGCUAGAGGAGAAUCACGAAACUGCUGCCCACCAUCCUUUCCAGACGAAGGGGAGCCUGGGCCACCUUAGAGACAACUGUGCUGUGGCCAAGAACUUCCAAGACGGAUCAACCUCAUUUCAGAAAAGAACGAUCCUCAAAGGGAAUACAGAUAACCUCAAAAUAAGAAAUCUUUGUACCAAAUAAAUGAGGUCCUUUAUACCGAAAAAAUUUAAUUAACUUUCCACAUUAAGGAAAAUUUACUACACUGACCUCUGUUUCUCAUUCUUACACAGAAGAGAGGAAAGUGGCAGGGACCAACACUGCCCAUAGAUGAGCGUUUGGGAACCGCUGAUUCGCUCAAAUCCCCUUCCUUUCGGAAUUGAAAACAGUGUCUCUGAAACAGCUCAGCUAAUCGGAGAAGGGACCCAGGUUAAAGCGGAUUUCUUGACUAUUUCCCUGAAAGUAUAUCUACUCACUUCAACACGUGUUAAGCCUUAUAUUCUAUUAUUACAAGAAAUCCACACACAUAUUAACAGAAUAUGAUGAAGCAAUCCACACGAUGAAAAUUCUACUUGAGCUUUCACGUUCCAACAUAGCCUCCUAUAAUUUUCUUAAGGCAGUCAACAAAGCGACUGUCGACCAAUAGAUGAAUUGUGACAGAAUAAGGCCUGAUCACACAAUCUAACAUUGUUAUGAAAGCAAAGGAGCUUUCGACACAUGUGACAACCUGGCAACUCAAUGUUCCCUGAAUAAAGCAAUUCCCAGAAACCA